AUGCAGCUCCCUCCGGCCAUCAUCUUAGCCACACUCUGCAUUGUCCUGCAGCUGCUGAAUAUCUCCUCCGCCUCGGUGAUACCCAAUCGCCACGUGUCUAACGCUCAUUGGCUUCCCGCCGUGGCCACUUGGUACGGAAGCGCCAAUGGUGACGGAAGCGAUGGAGGAGCGUGUGGGUACGGUACGUUGGUGGACGUGAAGCCGUUCCAUGCGAGAGUUGGAGCCGUGAAUCCUAUUCUCUUCAAAAACGGUGAAGGCUGUGGAGCUUGUUACAAGGUUCGGUGCUUGGACAGGAGUAUCUGUUCCCGGAGAGCCGUCACUGUCAUCGUCACUGACGAGUGCCCCGGCUGCUCCAAAACCAACACUCACUUUGAUCUCAGUGGUGCAGCCUUUGGUCGAUUGGCUAUCACCGGAGAGUCUGGUCCCCUCCGCAACCGUGGUCUCAUCCCCGUCAUUUACCGGAGGACGGCAUGCAAAUAUAGACGGAAGAACAUAGCGUUCCAUGUGAACGAAGGAUCAACUGAUUUCUGGUUGUCUCUACUGGUCGAGUUCGAAGAAGGAGAAGGCGACAUUGGCUCCAUGCAUAUUCGCCAAGCAGGAGCGAGGGAAUGGUUAGAGAUGAAGCAUGUAUGGGGAGCCAACUGGUGCAUUAUCGGAGGGCCACUCAAAGGACCAUUCUCCGUCAAGAUCACCACUUUGUCCGCCGGUAGAACAUUGUCGGCCACUGACGUCGUUCCCAGAAACUGGGUUCCUAAAGCAACUUACACUUCUCGCCUUAACUUCUCCCCCGUCCUCUGA